AUGGCUUUUGCAAAAGCCGUUGCAAACGCAACUGGGGCAGAAACAAUAAAAUUUUUAAUGGAAUUGAUAACAUCAUAUGGAGUUCCCAAAUAUUUUUGUAGUGAUAGAGGCACUCACUUUAAAAAUAAAGAAGUAGAAGAAACAUGUAAACUUUUAGGUAUUACACAAGUAUUCUCAAGUGCUUACCACCCACAAACAAACGAAAUACCAGAAAUAAUAAAAAAAGAACAGGAAAAACAAAAACUUGAUUAUGACAAAACCCAUAGAACAAUUACUUUUGAACCAGGUCAACAGGUAUUAGUAAAAUUUCAUUUUCAGGAGCCAAAUAAAACAAAAAAAUUAGCUCAUAAGUACAGAGGACCAUUUAAAGUAGUAGAGAAAAUAUCGGAUUCUGCGCGUAUAUAUUUGUGUAUACGAUUGACUGUAUACACGAUAUUUCUCGACGGAUUUGAGAAGUUUUUUUCGAAGUUGAUUUUCGACAACAAGCCAGGAAGAACGUUUUCUUCUUCUAACACAGUCAAAUUCAACGACAUUAUUGAAGCAUUGGACGGAAAGCAGAGGAAGUUCCCUGAAUCCAGAACGCGGUCAAUCUCGACAGCAACAUCGUUCAGAGCGAUAUCGAGAACAUCAACAGGGAAUAUGUUUCAGUACACAAUAAUAUGUAUGUUCAUCCUGAGAACAUGUAGUCCAAUGGAGCCACUGAGUAUCACUGUAUCAUCAGGGGCAUUUUUCAAUGAAAUCAAGGAAGCGAUUACCUAUGAUAAGAGCAUCCCUUUAAUAUAUACUCAAAAGACAAUAACAGAAGAAUCCAACUUUUCAAAUAACUUAUUGGAA